AUGUCGAAGGAGUCUGCUGAGACAUUUGAAUCUACGCCUCUGAAUGAGGCACCCCCAGCAUCAGACCCGGCUGUGGAGAAUUCCUCUAGCGCUAACAAGAAGAAGAAGAAGAAGCGCAGUAAGAAUAAUAUAAAGAACAUCAGUUUGAUAUAUCCUGAUGAGAAGUAUCCUGAAGGCCAAUGGUUAGACUAUAACCUAAAGAGAACCAGUGAAGCGGAGGAGAAGUAUAUUGCUCGAGAACAACAGAGGGAGCAAGAAUGGAAUGACAUGCGUAAGGCAGCUGAAAUUCACAGACGUGUGAGAAGAAAUGUGCAAAAUAAAAUCAAAGCUGAUAUGCCAUUGACAGAUAUUGCCAAUACCAUUGAAGAUGCAACUAGAAAAUUUACCGGUGCUGAAGAUUUACAUACGAUGGAAAAUCCCAAGAGUCAAGGUAUCGGUUUCCCCACUGGAUUGUCCUUAAACAGUUGUGCUGCUCAUUUUACCCCCAACGCAGGUGAUAAGACUGUUUUAAGGUAUGAAGAUGUUUUGAAGAUUGAUGUUGGUGUUCAAGUGAACGGUAACAUUGUUGAUUCUGCAUGGACUCAUACUUUUGAUCCCAAAUAUGAUAAUUUACUGAAGGCUGUACGUGAAGCAACAUAUACCGGUGUUAAAGAAGCUGGUAUCGAUGUCAGAUUGACAGAUAUCGGGGAAGCUAUCCAGGAAGUGAUGGAAUCUUACGAAGUGGAAAUUGAUGGUAAGACUUACCCAGUGAAACCAUGUAGAAAUCUUUGUGGUCAUAACAUUGCACCUUAUACCAUUCACGGUGGUAAAAGUGUGCCCAUCGUUAAGAAUGGUGAUGAGACAAAGAUGGAAGAGGGUGAGCAUUUUGCCAUUGAAACUUUCGGCAGUACAGGUAGAGGGUUUGUGGUACCAGGGGGUGAGUGUUCACACUAUGCUCGUAAUGCUGGUGUUCAAGUGCCUUCUUCACAACUAGGAAAUGCCAAGAAGUUAUUGCAUAAUAUUGACACUUAUUUUGGGACUCUACCAUUCUGUCGUCGUUACUUGGACCGUCUAGGUGAAGAGAAAUACUUGUUCAGUUUAAACAACUUGGUUCGUCAAGGAAUUGUGCAAGAUUAUCCACCAUUGAACGAUGAACCUGGCUCCUACACAGCUCAAUUCGAACACACAAUUCUGCUGCAUCCACAUAAGAAGGAAGUUGUCAGUAAGGGUGAUGACUAUUAG